AGUAAUCAGCAUAAUAAUAAUAGAAAUACCAAACAACAGGAAUGCAUUUCUUUACCUGUUUCAUUUUCCCCCAAUUUCUUUUCAAAUUUUUCCCCUGCUGGAAACCUCAUUCCAUGUGGUUUAGCAUUUUUAAUGGUUUGUUGUCUCACAUUUUGGGACUUUGGACCAAAUUUUACUCUUGUGUGGGGAAAUAAAUUGUGUCUUGUGUACAAAAAAAAGGGAAAGCGAUUCUAAUCUCUUUACUCUCAUACAGGGGCAAGAAAUAUCAUAGAGACUGGCUUUUUUCACCAACAGUCAAGGCAUAUUUUCUCAUGGAGGAUGAGAACAUUUGUAAAUAGGCUUUACAUUCUUAGAAGAAACAGUCAUGUAGCAUGGCCUAGCACUGCAGUGGCUGGUAAGAAAAGAAAUGUCAGUUGUCUGGUUUACAGCAGAAGCAAUCCAUAUGACUAUAUAAAGGCACACCCAUCUCAUAAAACCUUCAGAUCCAGGAUUUCAAAUUACCUAUAGAGUACAUCAUGGAUACUACUACUGUAAUUUAAAAUUAAUGCCUGAGGUUUUGUAAGAAUCUGCUUUUGAAGUCCCACAGUUCUAAAAAGUGUUUAACACAUGGAAAGGAGAGAAGAGGAUGGUUGAUGUUCUAGAAGCAUACACCACAUCUUUCUAGCUUAUGAGAAGGUAAUUAUGAACUUCUUAUACCCAUCCUAAAUUCUUAUGACCAUCCUAAUUUUCAACAAAGCUGUUUGAGUUACUUGUUCAGUGCUUGCUUCAUAAUGUUUAUGUGAAGCUGACUAAUUUAUGUGUUUCCAUCAGAGUGAUAAUUGAGACGAGAAAUUUUCCCCACAUCGCUUUGGGAGCUCUGGCUCAAGAGAAAGCAAGGAGGAGAGUGAGGACUUCACACUGGGCUUGAAGAUGUGGACUUUUAUUAUAACAACAUCUUUAUGCCAAGGAAUUUUCAGUUUGGAAAACUUCAGGACUUCAGACGUGCCUCUAGCUGAAUUUGCAAUAAAUCCAGAAACGUUUUUAAAUGUUACUGAAAUUAUCUGUUAUCAUGGAUACCCAAGUGAGGAAUAUCCAGUUGUGACAGAAGAUGGCUAUAUCCUUACAAUCUUCAGAAUACCUUAUGGAAGAUAUAAUGGUGCAAACAAAGGUCCACGGCCUGCUGUGCUUUUGUAUCAUGGUUUUCUUGGAGAUGCUGCCAAUUGGAUUUCAAAUCAACCCAGCAAUAGUUUGAGUUUCAUUUUAGCAGAUGCUGGCUAUGAUGUCUGGCUUGGAAACAGCAGAGGCAAUGCCUAUUCAUCAAGGCAUAGGUCCCUGAAACCAAGUGAUACAAAAUUCUGGGAAUUUAGUUUUCAUGAGAUGGGAUAUUAUGACAUUCCAGCAGUUGUAGACUUCAUCUUGAAAAAAAGUUGGCAACAACAAAUAUAUUAUGUAGGCCAUUCUGAAGGAUUGUCAAUAGGUUUCAUAGCUUUCUCUACUUGGCCAAAACUGGCAGAAAGAAUCAAAGUAUUUUUUGCCUUGGCUCCUCCAUCCACAGUAACAUUUUCUAGAUCUCCAGUCACAAAACUAACAACGUUUCCUGAAAGCUUAUUUCGUAGUCGAUUGGACAUGUAUUCUGCCCAUGCUCCUGCUGGAACUUCUGUGCAGAAUGGUCUUCAUUGGUACCAGGUAUACAAUGGAAAGCUGUUUCGGGCCUAUGACUAUGGCUCCAAAGAAAAGAAUAUGGCAAAGUAUAAUCAGACAACUCCUCCUAUCUACAAAAUAUCAGAGAUAAAAAUACCAAUUGCAAUUUGGACCGGUGGAAAAGACUUGAUUGUAGAUCAAAGAGAUGCAGCAAUAUUAGUCUCACGGAUUAGUAAUGUCAUUUAUUAAAUGUGUAUUCCUGAAUGGAAUCACUUAGACUUUAUCUGGGGAAUUGAUGCAACCAAACGCAUGUAUAUUGAUAUAAUUGAGAUCAUGAAGCACCCAUAAGAGAUGUUUGGAGAUGUAAAUGUAUACAGAGACCAUGAAUAAAAUUAUUUAAA